UCGGUCUAUGGUUGCACGCUCGGAAGAGGUUAGAAUUUAACUUUGUUUAUAGUUAUUAGUUAACGAGACUAUAUUACUUGUACAUAAUACGAUCGAAUGGCUUAAAUUUAAGAUAAACUUAGUGUUAGAAAAUCUCAAAUCUAUCCAACAACGAUAAAAUGUCUACUCGUUGGUAUCCUUUGUACCAAAAAGGUAACCCGCAGCGUCGAGUGUUCCUUCCGAAUUUUUGGUUAAAAAUGGUCAAACCCGUGCAUAAACAACCGAAAAAUGUAGUGCAGUUUCAUUGUUCGAUGGAAAUGACAAAGUUCGAUGUGAGGAAUUAUUUAGAAAAGAUUUACGGCGUAUAUCCUGCUGAAAUUAGAACGAGGAUUGCUUUUGGAAGUACGAGGCGAGAGCCACAUAAAUUCUACAUUAUUAAAGACGAAGACGUAAAAAUUGCUUAUGUCGUUUUGCCUAAAAACCAAGAAUUCGAAUACCCUGAGCUGUUUACAAAAUCAGAUGCCCCUAUGGAAAAAGAGGAGAAUUUAGAGGAAAUUAAGAAGGAAUACGGAAAAAUGUUUAAACCGAACAAAAUGCCAGGCUUUCCCUCUUGGUUUAGAAUACAAUAAAUUUGCUUGUGUAUGUUACAACAAGAAAUAAAAUUUAUUCAAUUC